AUGUCGCUGGCUUUCCCUGAUACCAUGUACGAGGAAGACAGGCUUUCACUCAGUCUUCUGGAGAGCCUGAAGACGCUGAAGAAGUCUGGGCUGGCAGUGGUGCCAUGCAGAGAAAAGCCAGUCAUCAACGGUGAAGCUGAGGUCAUCACAAUUCAGCUUCAGCAAAGCUGCUUUCAGGGAUUCAGCCUUGGUCUGGGCCUUGCAAAAGGCAUCAGCCUGAAACUCAAAUCGUCGUCUGGACCAGGAAAGGGAGGAAAGAACAGGCGUCGAGGUAAGAAUGAAAAUGAAACUGAGAAGAGGGAAUUGGUCUUCAAAGAAGAUGGACAAGAGUAUGCUCAAGUGACCAAGAUGCUUGGCAAUGGACGACUAGAGGCCAUGUGCUUUGAUGGCAAUAAGCGACUCUGCCACAUCCGUGGGAAACUGCGCAAGAAGGCACGUGACAUCAUCCUGGUGGGAUUGCGGGAUUAUCAAGAUGCCAAGGCUGAUGUCAUUCUAAAAUACAAUCCAGAUGAGGCUCGCAAUCUGAAGGCCUAUGGAGAGAUUCCUGAGACAGCAAAAAUCAACGAGAACAUCUUCGUGGAAGAAGGUCUGGAUGAAGAUAUCACUUUCGAGGAAGGCUAUAGUGAGGGCGAGGGUGAAAUUGAAAAU